AUGAUUCCUCGGAAUGAUGGUCACGUGCGACCGAUUCGACCGAUCGAUUAUAAGUCAAAUAAAGAAAGGCAAAAUACUUCAACCGUGGACAGGGUACAACAGUCUCGUGUCCGUAUAACUCGAUAUCCAAUCCUCACGCCGUCCCAGUUUAGCGGCACCUCCUUUUCUACACACGAAUCGAUGCAGUCUUCAAAGCCCCCGGUCAGAUCACGCGAGCCCACAGAACUUAAUGCCAGUUCUUCAAGCGUGCCAGGUGUUCAUACCAUCCCCGUUGAGGCCAAUCUCAGGUUGUACUCUUUCAUUCCAACUCUUGAAUGCCCUGAAGCUCCCCCAUCACUUCAGAUGCAGCUUCCUGAGUAUUACAUACAACGUCAAAAAGACCUUGCAUCAGGAGAAGUGCCGAAAGAAGGCUCGACUAGUGGCGCACAAUGGAUGGAUGGGGAUGAGGACGACACUGCCAUCGAGGACGAUGAGUGGAUAACAACAGCGGUUGCCACAACUGGGGCCGCUACUCAGCAUUUUCGUCCCAAACACCGGAGUCAAAGCAAAGUUCGUGAGCCCACUCGUUGUGUGUAUUCCGCAACGUACUCCGACUCAAACACGAGCACCACCCGUGAAUUCUCCUCAUCUGCGGCUACACUUCAGCUUAGCUCGGUACCGCUUUCGGAAUACGAGAAGCAUACCUGUGUUCUCUUACAGCCUCUUACAUGGCCCCUAACAGCCCCUGCCGCGCGGGAUUUGGUGGAUGACCUGCCCCCUGUCGGGGCCUCCGGCGCCCAGCCCGCGCUAACCGCCCUAGUCCUUGAGGGGCCCCUGAUGGAGCUCCGCGGGGACCGGAUGGAGACCACAGCGGCCCAUGGGGAGGACGCCCAGGGGAUCUCACCCGCCUGGCUAUCCUCUUCCAGCACGCGGGUCAACAAACGUGAGUGGAAAUCGAUGGAUGCGAUGGAUAAGGAGGAGGCGAGGUCGAGUGGAAGUCGAUGGCAGACGGAGGAGGCGACGGACAACGAUCGUGAUAGGAUCGAGGCGGAGAAGCGGCAUCUCAAAAAGGUGCGUACGGAGGCUUUGCAGGGAUGGAGCGCCAAGGCGGCUCAGGAGGCUGGGGAUAGUCUUGAAGAUCGCUGGUCUCUAUUCAAUCGCCACCGCGAUCCCUAUGGGAGCAGCUUUGUAGCGCCGCCUAAAGUCCCGCAGCAGGUUCUUUCUCAUGAAGGUGACAAUGACCAAAUCAGCAUGCCGACACCCAAGCAACCUCCCGCGUCGAUUCGCUUUAUCCACCGGACGCGGUCUCUCGAGGGAUCGCCGCAAGGUGAGGGUGAAAAACGAACCACAAGGACGAUUACUGUACCUACCUCAAGUACGGUGCCUAUUGCCGGUACACAGCCAAAGUCAAAUGGGUCAUCGGCUUCAUCAAUACCAACAGCCGCCCAACUGCGGUUGACGCUAAAAACUGGGUCUAACGGCCAUGACCACGGCGGUGAGCUGGCUGAGCUUGGUGAGCAAGCGCGCCAAGUGGUAAUUCAACUUUUGUGCACAGAGGGUCGCACCGUAGUUUCACUGAAGGAGUUAGAGAAGCUCAUCCUAAAACGACUCAAAAGCUAUACUAGUGCAGCGGAAAAGGCCAAAAGUAGCGCUACGAAGGCAGAAGCGGUGCAAUGGUUUGCACGGGCUCAAGCCGCACUCAGGCAGUGGCUUAAGGUGGAGAACCACGUUUUAGAUCCUGGCGGCAAUGUGACUUUAUCAGGCGCAAAGUAA